UGGUUCAAUCAAAACAGCUGACUGAAACUGAUGUGUUGUUUACUUUCAUACUGAAGAUCAUAAAAGUGGUAGAAGUUGCUCGCUAAAUUAAUUGAAUUUGUAUGUCUAUAAUAUUUACGUUCGCUCGCAUAACAUCAAACCAGAGAGUUUCCAUCAGUUAGGAUUACGGAGCAAUGACGCCAUACACCCGUUCCACGGAGGUCCGAAAAGUGUUCGAGCUGGACGAGCUGGCUAGUGUUUUGGAGGAUGAUUGGCGAACACUGUUCUACUUAAUCCCUAGGAAAAUUGCAGACGUUGAACGACCGGCUGGCAGCUACCCGAUAAGAUACAACGGAACGCAUGAGAGUGAGCUCGACGACUACGGAAGAAUACAGAACACUGCUCGCGCCCGUAUUCUCCUAGAAGAAUGGGGAACGUCCGGCCGAAAAGGGGAGCGACCCACAUUGGGUCAUCUUUACACGCUAGUCGACAAAGGCGGUAUGAUUCGAGCUGUUCGUCACAUAGAGAAACUGCUGAAAGUGCCGGAAUCUGCGCAACCCAAUUCUGGUCCUGCAGCACCAAUCGAUGUAGAUUUAGAAUUGAAUCGUUUGAUCGAGAAGCAGUUGGAGGGAAUUGCCUAUCCCAGUUCCACUGCUCUGCAAAAUGGAGACAUAUCAAUAACCCAAGUGAAUAAUUUGGACUAUAAUCUACCAGCGAAGCGAGAUGAUGUAGUAAAUCCACCAAAUACCGUCCCGGAUUCGAUUAUUGAAGGAUCGCUGCCACUUCUGUCGAGGAGCGAUAAUAAUGAUCAAUCAAUAGGAGCAGUACCGAUGUUAAGUGAUUUACUAAAUGCUGAUGGACAGGAUACAGAAGCCAGCACGUCUGACAACGAUAGCACGCCAAGGCAAACUAUUGAAGGAAAUACGCUUUCCUCUACAUCUGAUAGUACUAGUGAGAGUAGUUCAAACUCUACACCAACCGAAUCUUUGUCUCGAAUUCUGCCUAUGGUGUUGCCGACUAUUCCAGAAGCUGGAGAAGUGCCUAAUCUCUCUAUAUUUGGCCCAGCAGCCUCCGAAGCAAGCAUGGAUGUCGGAAUACCCGCCAUUUCCGCCUUAAUGGCGAGUUCGGAUAGUCAACAAAUCGUGAAUGACGUAUCUAGGUCUACUGAAACUUUUCAGUCAGAAGAGCAUUCAAGCGAGUCCAGUUCAUCGGAUUCAACUGAACAACAGAGCAGCAAUAAUGAACCAGUUUGCGCUUCAAACCUGAUGGCAUUUUCCUCAACAAAUGUUGCUACAGUUGAACCGUUGAUCAACUUCUCGUUCGAUAGCCUAACAACAGCAACGGGCAACUUCGACAUCAAGCGUUUUUCGAACGGAAAUCCGUUGCAGCCAGAUGGGCGAGUCCUGGGCAUUGGAGGAUUCGGUGAAGUGUUUCUAGCGUUGAACCUCACCCCAAUAUAUCCCGUAUCAGCAGUGAAGCGCCUCUUCCCAACAAACUAUAAAUAUAAGGAAAAAUUUGACAGAGAACGUGAGCUACUAUCAAAGUACAACCAUUCGAAUAUUGUUAAGCUAAUUGGUUUCUCGGAAAAUGUAACGCUAUGUUUGGUCUAUGAAUAUCUUCCGGAUGGCACUCUGGGCGCAGCUUUAGAUAAAAGUCGUAAAGGACAACUGCAUCUCACCGUUACUCGACGCAUCAGUUAUCUCUUUGGAAUCGCAGUUGCUCUUGAAUAUUUACAUAGCCCGUUGGUGCAAGUUGUACAUCGCGAUGUAACACUGGCGAACAUCUUAUUACAUGGAGACGUAGCUAAGUUGUGUGAUUUUGGAUUAGUGAAACGAAUAGACAGCAUAACAGCUACGGAAGUGAGUGGAACAGGGCCUUACAUAUCACCGGAAGCUAUGCGAGGCACUGUUACUCCAGCUUUGGACGUCUACUCGUAUGGAGUUGUGUUGGCCGAGGUGGUGACUGGAGAAGAAGUCCUAUGUGAGGUGCUUCCUGAAGGCGUAGGAGAUUUAAUAGAACGUGUAACUGCAAGAGGAGCUGACUUGGAAAGUAUGGUUGAUCGUAAAGUUUCACAGCAUGAGCUUAGCGAAUGGCUUACGUAUGGGAAGGAGUUGCUGAAACUGUCGAAUUGGUGCCUACGAGAAAGAUUCAAGCGUCCAUCGGCUGCAGCUGUGCGGGAAUGUGUUCAAAAAAUGAAGCAAGGGAUUUGCUAGUGAUAAGUCAAACGAUGUAUGUUUAAUCAAUGUAAAUAUAAUUUUAAAAUUCUAACUCUUUUGAAUCAUAAAUGAA